UUUUUUUCUGUAGAGACAAGGUCUCACUAUGUUGCCCAGGCUGGGUUCGAACUCCUGGACUUGAGCAGCGCUCCUGCCUUGGCCUCGUGUAGUGCUGGGAUUACAGCUGUGAGCCAUGGUGCCCAGCUGAUAGAGCAUUUUUUUUUUUAAGACAGUCUCACUCUGUCACCUAGGCUGGAGUGCAGUGGCACAAUCUCGGCUCACUGUAGCCUCUGCCUCCCUGCAGCCUCCACCUCCCGGCUUCAAGCAGUUCUCACGCCUCAGCCCUCCAAGUAACUGAGAUUACAGGUGUGUUCCACCACGCCCUGCUAAUUUUUGUAGUUUUAGUAGAGACAGGGUUUCACUAUGUUGGCCAGGCUGGUCUUGAACUCCCAGCCUCAAGUGAUCCACCCACGUUGGCCUCCCAAAGCGCUGGGAUUACAGAUGUGAGCCACUGCGCCCUGCUGGAGUAUUUUCGAUCCAAGAGAACAUCAUGGACGUUAUGUAGCAGCUUCCAGCCUUCUUUCUCAUAGAAACAAAGGCAGAGAAGCAGCACCCAGACUUUGGGUAAGCAAACUGUAAGACAGCAGUUGUGAGACCCAGCAAACUUGAAUCUCACUCAGUGGGGAAACCUCAGCUGAUGUGAGGCUAUUUUUAUUUCUAAAUCUGUACUUAGCGUGAAUGCUGAUGGGAUUUGCCGGGGGAUGUUACUGUGGUGAGGACCAGGCCCCUGUAGGUGUGCCCAACUCUGGAUGGCUCCCUGCCUUCACUGAGUCCGCCGUGUGCUUCUCUGCCUGGUCUGUUUUUCCGAGUCUUCGUCUUUGCCUGUCGACACCCCAUGACUGCUGGCAUCAUGCCUUCUUGUGGAAGCCACCAUCUUCCUUGCUAACUGAGGGUUGUGGAGUUGUGUAAUUCAGCUUGAUGCAGGGGGGAGGUGUAUUCCCAUGUGUGGGCACUGUCAUCACCCACACAGGGAGGUGAGCCCACCUCACAGAAGGAACACAGCCUGGCCAGGGGGCAGUCUGAGCCUGCGUGGGCUCUGCUGCAUUGUGUGUGGCUCGGCUCUCGGCACGCCUUGACUCAAGACUGCGUGGAUUCAGGGGCCCCUUCCUGGCUCAGAGGUGACCCCAGAGCUGAGGAGAACCUAGAGACAUGGUGGCUGGGGCUGGACCAGCACCUGGAGAGAGUCUGAAGCUGCCCUCACAGGGAUUGGGGAGGUGACCGAGGUGGGGUGCCUGUCCCCCUUCCCACCCCUCCCAGGCCUCAUUGGUGUCCACCAGGCACCUUCGAUGUGUCUAUUUCCCGUAUUCUUGAGAACCUCUCUGUGAGGUCAGUGUUGGGUUUGCAUGUCUGUAAUUGAGGGAAGAUUUUGAGCCUGGGAGAGUCCUUGGGGGAGGUCCCCAGACCAUUACUGGUGCAGAGUGGAGCCCCUGCUUCUCGGGCUUCCGAUCCUGGUGUGUGCUCGCUCUAAGCUGCCCUGGGCUGACAGUGCCCUGCACCAGCCGCACUGCCCUCUCUGGGCUGCAAGCCGAGGAUCCCCAUCUGAGAAAUUAGCAGUGGGUCCACAGAGUUCCCCGCCUGGCUUCCAGCCCUGAUUGGUGGCUUCUCCGAGGCUGCAAGGCGGUGGUAAUCACGAGAGCCACGUCGUUGGUGGGUGUUCCCACGUUGCAGGUACCGUCCUGGUACUUAGUAUCUGUUAACACACAAAUUCACGAGGAAUGCUCCCAAAGCACAGAGAGGUUAAAUUACUCAGUCAAGGUCACGCAGCAGUAAGUAGUGGAGCUGGAAUUUGAGCUCUAACAGUCUGCUCCGGAGCUCGGGCCUUGCUGCGGGUGUCAGGCCAGGCACAGAGAGCUGAUGGAAGCAGGAGGAGCUGAUGUGAAGUUAUGCGACACACAUGGCCUUUUAGGUGAGCUAGGGCCACCCAGGGGGAUUUGUGUCCAAUCAGCAGGGGAGUUUCUAGUGUGCCAAGCAAGACACGCAGGAGAUCGUGAGGCUGAAUGGGCCUUGCGCAGGUCAGCUGUUUGAAUUUUGGACUGUAAAUGGUGGCGUGGCACCACGCUGCGGUCAGAUGAUGGUCUCUGUGUUGGCACACAAACCGUAGGUUCUGGGCCAGGCACGGUCUAUGCUGCAGAAGCUUAGGCUGCAGUGGCCUCCUCAAGGCCUUUCUGUGGGUGGAUAUGGCACAGGCGGCCACUGGGGCCGAUGCAGCAUGGACCGAGAUGGGUCUGGGUUAGUGCCAGCCUCCCACUGCUGCCUGUGAGGCCUGGAGCCUGCUCUCUGGCCCUCGCUGGCCUACAUUCCAGUUGGGAGAAAGCAAAUGUGCACACAGUGUGCGCCUGGUCUCUGAGACGGCCAGAUGUCAGCAGGGCACCCGCUCGGAGGCAGCGCUGUGGAUGAGAGGUGAGAGCGGUGGAGUGGUCAGGGAGGUCUGAGUGAAGCAAGGGCAUGAGCUAGGGAUGUCCAGGCGGGCGGGCAGGUGUGAGGCUCUGGGCUUGGAGCCUGCUGGUGCCGGACAGAGUGGGCAGGCGAGUAGAGGAGGAGGAGAUGGGCCUUGGCCCUUAUUCUUUGGAUUUUGUUGUUUUGCUCUGGUGCCUGCGGGCAGCUAGUGUAGAGGUCUGAGGUCAGCGAGCACCCUUACUGAUUUGCAGGACUUGUUCAAGAGCCACGGGUCUUUCCAGAAAGUCACUCGUUGGAGGAGAGGACCUCCAAAGUCAACAAAGUCUCUGCUCUGCACUCCAUUCCCCCAUGAAGUGCCAAAGCAAUGCACCCUACCUCCCCAAGUCUCUGGGAGUGGGCCUGGGAGACCCACCCAGGGAUCCAGCCUUUGCUGAUUGUGUUUGUGUCUGACCUGCCUGCCUUUCUGUGGGGAUCGCCAGCCCACGCUCCUGUCCGACGUGGUGUGGGGCUGAGGGGGCUGCACACUGUCCUGGCCUCCCUUCCGAAGGGCUCCCCAGCGGGCAGUGCAAACAUCAGGAAGUAGGUGGGAUUGUGUGUGGUUGUGACAUGGCAAGGCACGGGGCAUGUGGGUUUUGCUGCUGUUGGUGUUCGGUGCUGAGCUGUCAAAGGCUAGUGCUGGCUCUUACUACUGUUUUCCACUCUUCCCUUUUCAAGGAAUGUUCCGUUUGGCUGCUGCACUCCCAUCCAGCCUGUGUCCUCAUCCUCCAGAGGCGAUCACCUUGGCUGCUGGACUCUGAGGCCCCAGUGCCUUCGCAUAGUGUCGAGAGCGCCAUGGACCUCUACCUCUGUGGGUUUUGUGGCUGUGGGACCUCAGUGCCUCCCUGUGCGUGGCUGGCACUCUUCGCGCCCUGUUCGCGAUGACUCAGUAGUAGAGAAGUCCCUCAAGUCCUUGAAGGACAAGAACAAGAAGCUGGAGGAAGGCGGCCCGGUGUACAGCCCCCCCGCAGAGGUGGUGGUGAAGAAGUCCCUGGGGCAGAGGGUGCUGGACGAGCUGAAGCACUACUACCAUGGCUUCCGCCUGCUAUGGAUCGACACCAAGAUCGCGGCACGCAUGCUCUGGCGCAUCCUCAACGGCCACAGCCUGACCCGCCGGGAGUGCAGGCAGUUUCUCCGGAUCUGCGCCGACCUUUUCUGCCUGGUGCCAUUCCUUGUGUUCGUGGUGGUGCCGUUCAUGGAGUUUCUGCUGCCUGUUGCUGUGAAGCUCUUCCCCAACGUGUUGCCAUCCACAUUUGAGACUCAGUCACUCAAGGAGGAGAGGCUGAAGAAGGAGCUUCGGGUCAAGCUGGAGCUGGCCAAGUUCCUCCAGGACACCAUCGAGGAGAUGGCCUUGAAGAACAAGGCAGCCAAGGGCAGCGCCACCAAAGACUUCUCUGUGUUUUUCCAGAAGAUCCGGGAGACAGGGGAGAGGCCCAGCAAUGAGGAAAUCAUGCGUUUUUCCAAAUUAUUUGAGGAUGAGCUGACCCUGGACAACCUGACACGGCCGCAGCUGGUGGCCCUGUGCAAGCUGCUGGAGCUGCAGUCCAUCGGCACCAACAACUUCCUGCGCUUCCAGCUUACCAUGCGGCUGCGCUCCAUAAAGGCAGAUGACAAGCUGAUUGCUGAGGAAGGGGUGGACAGCCUGAAUGUCAAGGAGCUGCAGGCAGCGUGUCGGGCACGAGGCAUGCGGGCCCUGGGCGUCACGGAAGACCGCCUGAGGGGUCAGCUGAAGCAGUGGCUGGACCUGCACCUGCAUCAGGAGAUCCCCACAUCGCUGCUCAUCCUGUCCCGGGCCAUGUACCUCCCGGACACCCUCUCUCCAGCCAACCAGCUCAAGUCCACACUGCAGACCCUCCGAGAGAUUGUGGCAAAGGAAGCGCAGGUGAAAGUGGCCGAGGUGGAGGGCGAGCAGGUGGACAACAAGGCCAAGCUGGAGGCCACGCUGCAGGAGGAGGCGGCCAUCCAGCAGGAACACCGUGAGAAGGAGCUGCAGAAGCGCUCGGAGGCGGCGAAGGAUGUUGAGCCCGAAUGUGUGGUAGCUGCUCCCCAAAGGCCGGGGACCAAGCCACAGCCAGAGAUGCCUGACACAGUCCUGCAGUCAGAGACCUUGAAGGACACUGCCCCCGUGCUGGAGGGCUUGAAGGAGGAAGAGAUCACGAAGGAGGAAAUUGACAUCCUCAGCAAUGCCUGCUCUAAGCUGCAGGAGCAGAAGAAGUCACUCACCAAGGAGAAGGAGGAGCUGGAGCCGCUGAAGGAGGACGUGCAGGACUACAGCGAGGACUUGCAGGAGAUCAAGAAGGAACUUUCAAAGACUGGUGAAGAAAAAUACGUGGAAGAAUCUAAAGCCAGCAAGAGAUUGACAAAAAGGGUGCAGCAGAUGAUCGGGCAGAUCGACGGCUUGAUCUCGCAGCUGGAGAUGGACCAGCAGGCUGGCAAGCUGGCCCCGGCCAACGGCAUGCCCACGGGGGAGAACGUCAUCAGUGUCGCUGAGCUCAUCAACGCCAUGAAGCAAGUCAAGCACAUUCCCGAAAGCAAGCUCACCAGCCUGGCCGCAGCACUGGAUGAAAACAAGGAUGGCAAGGUCAACAUUGACGACCUCGUCAAGGUGAUGGAGCUGGUGGACAAAGAAGAUGUUCACAUCUCCACCAGCCAGGUGGCUGAGAUUGUAGCAACACUGGAAAAAGAGGAGAAGGUGGAGGAGAAGAAGGCAGAGAAGGAGGUCGCAGAGGUGAAGCUAGAACCACGGGCCUGGGCACCUGUCCUCCUGCUGUGCCGCCACCCUGGCAAGGGCCGUGAGGGCGAUUGCUUUGUGGUGAUUCUCAGUGGCUCAUCUAAUAUUUUGGCUGGAAUAAAUCAGAGACUUCCAUAACCAAGUAAAUUUUAAUUUUCAUCAUUCCACGGAGAUUCAGUCUGUCUGGAAUCCAGGAACCCCUCCACAGAAUCGUGUCUGGAUCCACGCUGUGGUGUGGCUGCCACGGCCUCCUGGCUCCAGAGGCAGCUGGGCCGGGCCAAGGCAGGAAGGCGCCCCCACGUGUGUGGCCUCACGUCUCAGCAUCUGACUGUGCUGCCCUGUCCCCAGGGAAGAGAAUGAGGACCACGUGGACUCCGCCCACACAGAGCUGGCUGCUGUGCCCACCCUCAGGGGCGUCAGGAGACACAGCCUGGCCUCCUCAGGGCUGAAGAUGCCUCCAUUCGCCUGUGGACCUUGAUUUCUAGAUUUCAGUGUCAAUAGACCUGUCUUCCUGCACACUUUCAGUUGGAUGUGGGUCAGUGUGGAGACGGAGGUGUCUGCCAUCUCUGUGGCCUCUGGAGAGUGACGUCUCCCUGCUGGGAGUGCUGGUUCUCACGUGCGGUUUCCCUUGUGUAUUGGAGCUCUUUCUCGGCUUUCUAUUUCCCCCAGUUCUUUAAGCAGUCAAUUGGCACAGAGUUUCCCACGCUGGUCUGCCUGCCCCAAGAGCCGCGCGACUCCGACGCAGCCCUGGCCAUGGGGCUCCCUUGGGUGGUGCUUGGGCUGCGUGCCACGGGGGCUGCAGUGGAUUCACUGUGUCAGGGAUGAGCCUGGCUUGGGGGUUGGUGGGGCUCUGAAGCGCAUUUGGGGUUUUUGUAGCUUCUAAUGUGAGGUUUGGGUCCAGUGCGCCUACAGCAGCAUGCCCUUCUCACCCCUUGCGGUGUUGCAGGCUCAGGCCCCUGGGCUCCUUCAGCAAGCAGGCUAGUCAGUGAGGCAUGAGGAUCUGGCACAGGGCAUCCCCUGGGGCUUCAAGGGCAAUACCCCCGUGCUUAGGGUUUGCCCUGUGCCCUCUGGGUGGGGCGGCCUCCCCGCACUCGGCACUCGGCAGCAUGGCCAGGCUGGCCAGGGCGUGGGCCUGUGGUGUCCUGUGGCACCUCCACCCUCCUGCCCAGCCGGCUGUGUCACACUCAUCUUUUUAAGGUCAGGUUGGUUCCUGGCAAAAAUGUCCCUCCAGGGGCCUCCAAGCAUAGGAUUUGGAAGACAGGAACGGCACAGGCGUCCAGGAAAGCAGCUGCGCUCAGACGAUGCCUUCUCCAUUACUUGAAGCUUCUUUCUGUUCAGCCAUUAAAGAAACUUGACAAAAUAGGAACAGGAGAUAUUUCUCAAUUGUAAACCUUUGUGCAGGGACAGUUGGCUUCCAGAGGCUUUCAGAUUGCAGUUAUUUGCGAAGUUGGUUUUAGAUCCUUAACUAAUAUUUAUGAAUCCUCUCACCCUG